AUUCUUUUCUAGGAGGAUUCUAAACUUUUAUCCGCCAAACCGUCACAUCGUAUACCUACCUACCGUACAAAUUUAAAUCAUAUUUAUAUGAUCAUAAAAAGUUAUUUUAAAAUGUUUUUAACAAAACGCAGUUUUUAAAUUAGUUAUAUUCCUUGAUUUUUGAAAGACUGUGAUUAGGAACAUUUUACGGUUCAAUUUUCAUAAAUAAAUGGUUUCUGUUCGUCCUCUCUUGUUUGAAUUGGAAACCGGACUGGCUAUCCGGCACUCGACUCCGCAUAGAAACCAAACAUCCAUGUAUAUUUGGCAGCCUGCCCGGCAAACAAAUAUCAUAAACACUCGCCCAUGGGCCCCACGAGGAGGAGGGGCCAGUACCGAGAUCGAGAUUCAAGCAUUUCGAGAGCAUCCGCGGCAAUUGAGAUAUUUCGAAAUGAGAGGAAGAUCGAAAAGAUCAGUCAGUUUAAGGAGCAGCCGCAGGCCAGUCCACACUCCGGAAAGUCGCUAAUUAUUAGUGGAAAAAUAUUCAUAAAUAGUAAAAAAAAAAAAACUAAAAUAUCCAACGAAUAUUAGCGGCAUGUUCAAGGUGUCACAGGAGAUGCGUCUGAAUACCCAGGCAGUCGCCCCCGCCUCCAAUCCGAGUGGGAGUGGCAUAGAUGGGAAUAGUCCGGAGGAGGGUGGUAUUUUUGGACGCUACCAGCGCACGCCCGAUGCGGAUGCCUAUCCCUCGGAGCCGCCACGGGUUUAUGUGGCGCCCGAACUGACCGAUGCCGGCAAGGUGCAGCUGCUGCACUUUCCCAGCGGAGCGGUCAGGGUCAAUAGCCCUGUUGGCUUUGUCAUCAAGCGGAACGGAGUCAAGGGAAACUUUGAAGUGCGUGUGGAGAGCCCAACCGGGCAACCCAUCCAGCCUGUCCACCAGAAGCAGCUGGACCCGGAACGAUUUCAGAUCGACUGUCUUAUAAGUGCCGGAGCUGGGCUCUACAAGGUGCACAUAAAGUGCAACUCUGUGACACUGCCGAGGUCACCGUUUAUCAUAGUAGCCAUUGCUGGGAGUCCGGAAGCCAUAGAGGGCAAGCCAAUUGAUUCAGCAGUACCCAGCUUGGAGUCGGAUGCCAAUAAGGUUCACAGCCGGGGCUUGGGUCUCACUCACGUGAGUCUGGUGGAGCGCAACGAGUUCACCGUGGAUUGCAGUCAGGCUGGGAACAACAUGCUGCUGGUGGGCAUUCUCGGACAGCGAGGUCCCAGCGAGGAGGUGGUGGUCAAACACUUAGGCCGAAAUGUGCACCGGGUUAGCUACCGAGUCUGCGAUCCUGGCGACUACAUUCUGGUGGCGAAGUGGGGAGACCAGCACAUUCCCGGAUCUCCGUUCAAACUCAGCGCCGAGUAGGGCUUCAGACAUGAUGAGAGUCAACCGCUCCUAUCAUCAUUCCUACCUGGAGGCGAAGUGUACCUAAUGAUGAUAACAUCCAGCCACUUUAUGUGCAUUAUAGAACGCUUUUUGUUGCCUUGUUUCCCCCAUCGCUUUUGGGUACUGAUGGUGUCUUCGACUUUCAACCUAAUGAUGAUGACCGGAACGCCGUACCAUGGGGAAUAAAAACAAAUAUCAGAGUCUACAGUCAAGAAAACACAAAUAGUUUCGAAAGAACGGAAGUUUUAUAUUUUUUAUUUAAUUAUUAAUAACUACAUAAAUUGCCAAAACAUGAUACGUACUAGAAAUAUUAGUUUUAAUGAUUAUAAAUAAAAUAUAUUGUAAAUUUGU